AUGCCAGUAACUGAAUUUCAAGAGAAGGUGUAUACGCAUCUCCUUGCUAUUCCAGCCGGCCAAGUAACCACCUACGGCCAGCUGGCUAAGGUGCUUUCAUCUUCACCGCGAGCCGUGGGCGGGGCAUUACGCAAUAACCCGUUCGCCCCGGAGGUGCCGUGUCAUCGAGUCAUUGCGAGUGAUGGGUAUGUAGGUGGAUUCAAGGGGGAUUGGGAGAAGGCACCGUCUGGGAUCAAUCAGGGCAUAAAGUUGCAACUGUUGAAGGAGGAAGGGGUUGAAUUCACGACGGAUGGGAAACUAAUUGCUAAGGAUGGUGUGUGGUUUGAGGGACCGUGGAAUAUCAAAAAGGCAAAGGCGGACCUGAAAUCAAUAUCAGAAGAAAAGAGCCAGCCGAAAGUACGAGUCCAAAAGGACAGCUGA